AUGGCUGUGAUUCAAUCCAAUUUCGAUAGAUUGAAAGUUGGUAGUUUCAGUUCUGCUUGUAACAUUAAUUUUCCACAAGAUUUAGUGCAGGAUGGUAUGAAUGCUGAUGCACCGUCAAUAAUAAAGGAAAUAAAAGAGACAAUGCGACGUCAAAAGAUAACCAUCACACGACUUCAUCUCCAAGAUAUUGUUGAUAUCUGGAAUGGUCAAAAACAUCAUCCACGAAUAUCAGUUAAUAAAUCGCCCAAUUUGAAGUCAUUUUACUCGACUUAUUUAAGUAAACAAUGCCUUGAAUUGUUGCUGAUAGUCAGACAGCAUAAAUGGUUAAUAAUUCUGAUAACUAAAAACCGAAUUUACUGUACAAAAAAAAUAAAAACAAUGACUGAACUCGUUCAGAUGUGA